AUGUCUUACUCACAGGCAUCUCAGUCCCAAUUUUCCUUCUGCGCCGAUUCAGAUCUAGGUCUGAAUACCGACCUCCUUAAUUCAGAUGAUAUCUCUGAGCUCAUUGGCAGUCAGGCUUCAUUGACAUCCACGUCCCGAAUUUCAUUUCCGAUUGCGCCCCUCUCGCUUACGCGUGUUGGCCUCCCUCUUCAACAGUACUGGGUCCUCUAUUCCUCCGAGCCUGGUAGCGAGAUGGAUGGAUCUCGUAAGCGCUUUAUAACGUGGUGGCUAAAUACAGAGUCUGGAUCAGCGCCCGAAAUACAAGACUCGAUCCGUUGGGAUGGGAAAAAGACAUCAAGUGUCUGGGAUAAUUUCAAUCAGGUUGCACAUGAGAAGACUGGCAAGCCAAAGCCAACUAUCCCUAGACACCAACCCUUCUCCCAGGAGCGUCUGGUGAAAGCGAUACUAGACUUCAUUUCUACAGCUCACCUACCCUUCCGAAUCGUUGAACACACCCAAUUCAAAGAUCUAGUAGAGAUUAUUCAACAAGCCCACAGCAAGAUCGAUAUACCAUCCGCGCGAAGCAUACGACGUUAUCUUGAUUCUGCAGUCAGAAGUGACCAGAAGGGGGUUCUGAAAAGGCUUCCAGAUGGGAGUCGCCUCUCACUAGCGCUUGAUUGCUGGACAUCGCCAUUUCAGCAAGCUUUCAUGGCCAUCACAGGUUACUUCCUUGAUCAGGACUGGAAUUACUGUGAAGUUCUUCUUGGGUUUGAGCAUCUUCAUGGAUCUCAUACUGGUGAAAAUCCGAGCAAGACCGUAAUCCAGCUUCUAACUGAUCAUGGAAUCACUGAUCGUGUGUUAUCUGUGACAACAGAUAAUGCAACGAAUAACAAUACCUUGAUGAUGAACAUCCAAGAGACUAUCCAGUCGCAAAGCCAAUCAGAUACCUUGAUUUUCCGAGUUCCAUGUAUUGCGCAUGUGAUUCAAUUAAGCUUGAAUGAGCUUCUUGGGAAGCUAAAGGUGACACCACCUAACAAAGAGAUUGAACUAGAGUGGUCUGAUGAGCGGACCCAUUCAUUUCAGACCAAAAGAUCUAGCUCAACUCGGCAAAUUGCAGAUACCUUAAAGAAGAUCCGAGGUCUUGCGGUCUUCAUCAAUGCAAGCCCACAACGCCGGGAGGCAUUUAUGGCUCUACAAACUAAGGAGCCUCGUUUAGUUCCUGUUCAAGAUGUCCAAACCCGAUGGAACUCGACCUUUAUCAUGCUGAAUCGGGCCAAAAGGCUACAACCAUUCUAUGAUCAGUAUUGUAUAGACCAUCAGUAUCUUCACUUCAAACUUGAUCAAGAAGAGUGGCGACAGAUUGAAUACCUUCUUCUUCUCACAAAGCCUUUCUUCGACUUCACAAAUAUGUUGUCUAAGACUAAGGAUGUUACUACACAUAACAUCUAUAGUAUUUACAACAAGCUUUUCUCUCAUCUUGAUGAAGCUGAGAGUAAGUUGAAGAAUAAAGGUGUUGUCUGGAAGAAGCACAUGCUCGAAGCUCUUCAGACUGCUAAACGGAAGCUCUCAAAGUACUACACUGCGACCGAUUAUGAAUCAUAUGGUGAUGUCUAUGCACUCGCGACAAUCCUUUGCCCAUCAAAAAAACUUCGAUAUUUUGCAUCAUCAGACUGGCAAGGUGAAAUUAACUAUGUUGAUCACUAUCAUGGAGUUCUUAAGCGAGAGUUUGAUCGAUAUAAAGAGACACUUCACCAUGAUUCAAACAAUACAGUCUUACAAGAUACCACUAAAGAGGCCCUGGAUGAUGAUUAUGGUGAUCUUGAUGCUGCUUGUGCUUCUCAGAGCCAGCCACAGCAUAGGCUCUCAAAGCCCGAAGAUGAUGAGAUUGCGAGGUAUCUUGCCCGCGGGAUCGAGGGUCAGAAGCCUAGAGCAUUCUGGAAAGACCAUGAGCAUGAGUUUCCUAUUCUUGCGAGGAUAGCACGGGAUAAUCUCUCAAUCCCAGCUAGUGGCGCAGGCGUUGAGCGAUUAUUUAAUUGCGCUCGCGAUAUGUGCCACUAUCGUCGCGGGCAAUUGAAACCAAGUACCAUCCGAGGACUGAUGCUUCAUCAAUUCGCCACUAACUUUGACGUUGAGCAGAAGGAGAUAGAGGUUAUCAAGGAGUAUCUAUCCAUUGGAGAAGCUGCGUUGUUAGAUCAAGCUUGGAAACCAAUGCCCCAGCUUGAAACACUUGAGCCAAUUAGUGAUAACGAAGAGGAGGAUCAAGAGCCUAGCAUAGAGGAUACACAACAGAUAGAGAGCUGCGAUGAUGAUUUGGGUAGUGGGAAGAAUAAUGAUCAAAGUAAGCAACUGCAGCGCAAACGAUCAAAGAAACGAUCAUCCGAAUGUUUUGAUGACGAUGACGAUGACCUUCCAGAAAUGCCAAUAGAUGAGGGCAUGCAGGGACGGUCGGGGCGAAUUCGGAAGCAACCUAGGUUACCUGAUGGAUUUCAGAUUGAUUUAAGGUAG